GUUACCCUCAAACACUUUCACGAAAUGCGAAAUGGCGUCGUGUGUAUCUUCUCUGUGUUUUUGUGCAUUAUGGGUGGCUGUAAUGUUGGGGUUGGGGGUCCACUGUGAUGAUACGGAGUCCCUGCCUGGGGCGUAUGCACCUGGAGACAUUGUUCUUGGGAUUUUGGCCUCAGUUCACAGUAAAGUAAAGGACCUUCAGGAUCGGGUUCGCCCAGACAAAUAUACCUGCACAGACUUCGAUCUCAUACCAUUUGUACACUCUCUAGCCACAAUUUACACCAUCGAAAAGAUCAAUGACUCUGGAUUUCUUCCUGGGAUUCGGCUUGGAUAUCUGAUAUGUGAUCCCUGUGUGUACUCUACCAAAGCCUUGCAGUGUGUGGAGCACAUGCUUUCUAUUAACAAGACACUUGCAGUUCUCACGGACAACUCAAACUUUUCUUCGCCAGUGAAGGCAUUCUUAGGAGAGAGAUACUCUGAGCUGUCCAUUCCUGUGGCCAAGCUGCUCAGCAUCUACAUGAUUCCCCAGAUCAGCUGCACAUCUUCUUCACCAGCACUGAGUGACAAAUCACGUUAUGCAGCCUUUUUCCGUGUCAUUCCAAGUGAUGUAUACCAAACAAAGGCACUUGCAAAGCUCAUGAAGCACUUUAACUGGGACUGGGUUGGAGUGGUGACAAUAGACGAUGAAUAUGGAGAACCUGCUCUGCAGCAUUUUCUGGUUGAUUCAGGAUAUGAAAACAUAUGUGUGGAGUUCCAGGAAGUGUUACCAAACUACCUAGGCUCCUUAAAUAUUGAACGGCGUAUCAAAGAGGUGGCUGAUGUUAUCCGAAGGUCCACUGCCAAAGUUGUGCUGCUCAUUUUGAGACCAGAACAUGUGGAGAUGCUCUUUCAAGAGCUGAUUAAGACAAAUACUUCUCGAAUCUGGAUCGCCAGUGAUGCCUGGUCUACAGCACGCUUUGUAAUGAAGAUGAAGGACAUAAAUAAGGUGGGAGACAUCUUUGGCUUUGACUUUGUCACAGGGAUCAUCCCAGGUUUUGAAGACUACCUCCAAAAUCUGACGAUAAGCCCAGGAGUGAGGAAUGAUUUCAUCAGGGAGUACAAGCAGUUAAGGUUCAACUGCAGUCAGCAGUCGGAACACACGUCCCCUUUGGCCUGUAAUGUGACAGACCCCCUGGAGGCGAACGAUGACUACCUGCUCCAUGCUGUGCAUCUGAUGGAGGCCUACGGUCAGAGAGUAGCAGUGUAUGCUGCAGCUCAUGCCAUCAGGAAACUUCUUAAAUGCAACGACACUGCCUGCUCUGGAGCUGCCAACUUAUUGCCGUGGCAGCUUGUGGACAUUCUUCAUAAAGUAAACUUCACUUUGGACAAUAAGACAUACGCCUUUAAUCAAUAUGGGGAUUUUGAGAAUGGUUACGAUCUCAUAAUGUGGAAAAAGAGUGGUGAUGAAAGAGAGCCUGACGUGGUGGGAAGAUUUCUCAUAGAGAAUGGCGAAGUUGAGAUUGACGAGCGCAAAAUCCCAUGGGCCAACAACACGGUGCCCUUGUCCAGGUGUUCAGAGCCAUGUCCCCCAGGCACAGAGAAGAACAUAUCAAAAAUCUCCUGUUGUUAUGACUGUGCUAACUGUAGUGAGGGAUACUAUUCUAAUGAGACAGAUCAACUUGCCUGUAAAAAAUGUCCAGAAGGCUCUGGGUCUCUUCCAGGGUCAAGAAAAUGUCAGAAAUGGAACAUUUGGUUUUUGGAGUGGUCUUCAGCUUAUUCCAUUGUAGUGAUGAUUGGAACAGUAAUAGGUGCACUACUGCUGGUGUUCUCGUUUAUCUUUUACAUUCUACACAGAGAAAAACCCAUCAUAAAGGACAUCUUAGUCAUUUCAUGUCUGAUGAAAUUUGGCCUGAUGGUGAGUUUUGGAGGUGUAAUACUUUUCUUAGGCAGCCCAAACAUCCAUGUUUGUAGAGCACAACAGACCAUGUAUGGUCUUGGGUUCACUCUCUGUGUGUCCUGCAUUCUGGUUAAGGCCUUUCACACAUUCUUAGCCUAUAUGGCCUUCAACCCAGAUAGACUGCGCACGCUGAGAAGACUAGAUAAGCCUUUUGUCAUCAUAGGGAUCCUCACUGUUAUUCAAGCUCUCAUUUGUAUCUUCUGGAUGAUAUUUGAUCCUGUUGAUUUUGAAGAGAAACCAUCAAAAACUCAGUCACUUACCAUGAACCGUCUGUGCACUCAGGGCUCUAUGUAUGGCUUUGGUGCGAUGCAUGUCUACAUUGCUUUACUAGCUGUGCUAAGUUUUGGACUGGCCUUCAAGGGGAGAGACAAUGAGACUGAUCCUAUAGUCUUCAGCAUGCUCAUCCAUCUGUUUGCUUGGUUCUGCUUUAUUCCAGUCUUCAUCACUCAAUAUGAUUCACGCCCCAUCGUCCAGAUCUCUGCCAUUAUGGUCUCCAGCUACGGAGUCAUUUUCUGCCACUUAGCCCCAAAAUGGUUUAAGAUCCUCUCAGAAAAAUCUGAGAUAUUGAAGGCAGUUAAACUCCCAGUUGAUUCUCAUACAGAUGACCAUGACUCUGGGGUUGUUUGUAGGAGCUUAAGGGAAACAGUAUCAAUACCCAGCAUAUCACAGAGCCAAUUCAGCAUUGCAGAGUCAGGAACAUCCAACUGGGAUAUUAACAGCCUGCAUCUCUCAGAAGUCAGUGUUGCCUCAUUUAGGCGUCGGAAACCAAGAAGUCAACGACCAAGGAGUCUCUAACUCCUCUGCCGCUGUUAGAUACUUUUUAAAAAGAUGGUUCUUCAGGUGUUCUUUAGUAAAGACAAUAGUAGAAUAUAGAACAAUGCAUACUUAAAUGCUUCUUUGCAUGGUGAAAUGGUUCUGCAGAUUGAUGGAGAAUGUUAUGUAUAUGGUUCUAUAUAGCACCAAAAAGGGUUCUUCUAUUUUUACA